CAAGAAUUCAUACAAUUUGGAGACCAUUGAAAGAUUGGGUGGGGAUCUUGCAUUGAUAGUCCCUAGGGUUUUGAGAAUCCAAAUUCUCAAAUCGUCUAUUUGGUUGUUCAAGAUUAGGGAUUGUAUGCUGGGGAUUACGGUUUAUGACGUUUUAAGGGUUUUAAAUCUACUCCCUUCCAGCCAAAGAUUCUCAAUUUCGUUACUCAUUUUUCUGCUUCUUUUUUACUUCAGUAGCAGAGACUUUGGUAUUGCAUAGAUUCAAUUUUCCUCUCCUGCUAUCUAUUCUCUUCUUUCUAUGAGGAAUGAUAAUAUAUAAGACAGCUUAAAAAAUCUCCAAUGCUAUUCUUCAUACUAAAUUGUAUGUUGCUGCACCAUGCUGGUUCCAUAAGCGGGUUUCUCUGGCACUGCUGACUAGGACUUGUGACAACUUUAAGUUGCUUCAUUUUUGGAGCCUCUUUUAUGCAGGGGUUGCGCGAGCAUAUAACUUUCGCUGGAGCUUGUAUUAAAUAAGAUAUUCUCUCCACUCUCAUGGCACUUACUGUCAUGCUUUCAUGAUCAGAGAGAGAGCUAAUACAGUGCUAAGCACCUAUGAGUGCAAGCUGCAGAAAAGUAAUGGUUUCUGGAUAUCAACAAUCUUUAUGUACUGAGAUUGCUGAGAGUGUAAUGGCAUAAGGACCUGCGGCAAGUUUUCUCCUGUUGACAGGAUUUGUUGAAGCUUGACAUUAAGAGUCAUGAUCCUAGACUAAAUCCGGCUAUAUUAUAUUACUCAAAAUAAAACAUGGAAAAAAGAUCCAGGCUAUACUCCUGUAACAUUUCGGUCUUGAUUGGCACCUGUCUUUGGUGGGCCUAGUUCCGGUUGUUCUCUCAUCUUUAAUGCGUUCCUGCCAAAAAAGCAAGACUCACUGGGAGACAAGAUAAGAGAUGCGAAGCUGAAAAGGUAGCAGCCUGGAUUCGCGCGGCGGCUUCGUAAGCUGCAGGUCAGCAAAGACGGGGGGGCAUCGAAUUCCGGGUCGAUCAGCCUUCCCAAGAUGGAAGCAUCUAAACCGACCGCCUACCCCAGUCCGCAAAGCAUUGCUUUGGAUCGAAGAUAGGAAAGAGAUAGGAAAGAGAGAGGAAGGCGGCAUGUGAAACCCAAAGAUUGCAUUAUUUAUAUAGGACGAGAACUUUGGUGGGAUCUCAGCAUCAGGAGAUAGAGAGAUGGCAUAUUUGGUCGAGGCUUCCCAAUUCCUCCAUGGCGUUCUCGAUUUGACAAUCUUUGAAGCUGAUCACCUCCACCAUUGUUUCCAUGGCUUCCUCCUUCAGGUCACAGAAAAGAUAGAGGAAGCCUUACAUCUCGACAAGCUUGCCCACACCAAGCUCUAUGCCACUGUGGACAUCGGUGGGGCAAGGGUGGCAAGGACCAGAGAGAUUGAAUUCCAUCCCAAGAACCCAAUAUGGAACGAGUCCUUUCACAUCUACUGCGCCUACUCCGCUCCCUCAAUCGUAAUAUCAAUUAAAAACCAGCUACCAGUGGAUGCAAAGGUUUUGGGCCGUGCUAAGAUCCCCACCUCCCAGUUACUCACCGGGCAACCUCUGGAAGGCUGGUUUGAUCUCUUCGACGACGAGGGCCACAAGCUCAAAAAAGCAAAGAUCCAUGUCCUCCUUAAAUUCUCUGAUAUCACCUCUGAUCCAUGUUGGAAUGCAGGUAUCAGACUUCCACAAUUCUCUGGCCUUCCCAAGGUUUACUUCCCUCAGAAGACCGGUUGCGAGGUGACGCUCUACCAGAACUCUCAUCUUUCUAACAAUUUCCGACCGGUGAUCCAUCUCUCCGAUGGUAAAAACUACCACCCUCCGAGACUAUGGGAGGAUCUCUACAUUGCCAUAACAGAAGCAAAACACUUCAUUUACGUCGCUGGCUGGUCGGUGAAUGUCAACAUCACACUCAUUCGAGAUCCGGAGCGCAUGAUCCCUGGCGCAGAGGGUGUAACCAUAGGAGAACUGCUGAAGAAAAAGGCCGAGGAAGGGGUUACGGUGUUGGUCAUGGUCUGGAAGGACCGAACCUCGGUGUCGCUCUUAGGGAAUGCAGGGCUGAUGAACACACAUGACGAGGAGACUUACGAGUUCUUCCAAGGCAGCAUGGUGAAGUGCUUCCUCUGCCCACGCAAUGCUGACCCCUCCCUCACUGCGGUGCAGCAUGUUGAGAUCGGAAUGGAGUUCACCCACCACCAGAAGGCAGUCUGUCUUGAUGCUCCCAUGAGCAAUGGUACAUCCCGUAUUGUAAGCUUUGUUGGUGGAAUCGAUCUCUGUGGUGGAAGGUACGAUGAUGAGAACCACACUCUGUUCAGAAACCUCGACACGACCUACGUUGAUGAUUUCCAGCAGCACAACUUCCCCCAUGCUGAUCUCCGCCAUGGUGGCCCGAGGGAGCCAUGGCAUGAUGUGCAUUCCAAGCUCGAAGGCCUUGCAGCUUGGGAUGUACUUACCAAUUUCGAGCAGCGAUGGAUAAAACAGUCCCCGAAGGAGAUCUCUCAUUGCUUGGUAAAAAUCCACGAGCAGCCUGAUAUCUUUCCAAUCCCAUCAGGUCUUGCUACUCAAGAAUCAUGGAAUGUGCAAGUCUUCCGAUCAAUUGAUGAUGCUUCGGUGGUGGGUUUCCCAUCUGAUCCAUCCGAAGCUGCUGAGCUGGGUCUGAUGAGUGCAAAAGAUGUGACGGUCGAUCAAAGCAUACAUUCGGGCUAUGUCGAAGCCAUUAGAAGAGCAAAGAGGUUCAUAUACAUUGAGAAUCAAUACUUCUUUGGAAGUUGUGCUUCCUGGAGGGAAGAGCAGGAUUGUGGAUGUCUGAAUUUGAUCCCUAUCGAGAUAGCCUUGAAGAUUGCAAGCAAGAUUCGCCUGGGAGAAAGGUUUGCAGCUUAUAUAGUGACCCCGAUGUGGCCCGAGGGGAUACCGGAGGGUGAUACAGUGCAGGCCAUACUGCAUUGGAACAGGCUGACAAUGGAGAUGAUGUACGGAAUUGUGGCCAGGGCUAUAGAGGAAGCAAGGUUAGGUGGGAAGGCACACCCAUGUGAUUAUUUGAAUUUCUUCUGUUUGGGGAACAGGGAAGUUCGAUAUCCCGGGGAGUACAUCCCACCGGAGAGGCCAGAACCAGGCUCCGACUACUGGAGGGCACAAGUCAACCGGCGAUUCCUCAUCUAUGUGCAUGCCAAGCUUAUGAUCGUGGAUGAUGAAUAUGUGAUCAUUGGCUCUGCAAACUUGAAUCAGAGAUCACUUGCAGGUGACAGGGACUCUGAGAUUGCCCAUGGAGCAUAUCAACCUGCUUUCCUUAACAGGCCUGAUGCACCAGCUCGUGGACUCAUCUAUGGAUACCGCAUGUCAUUGUGGUACGAGCACUUCAUGAGCCACCACCGGCACCUAUCUCCGGUCUUUCUUGAGCCUGAGAGCUUAAAGUGUGUGAGAACAGUCAAGCGAAUUGCUGAGGACUUGUGGGAGAAGUUUGUGGGAGACGAGGUGAUCAAUCUCCCUGGCCAUCUGCUUCCUUUCCCCAUCCAGGUCUCGGAGUUUGGAGAGUUGUCAGAAUUGCCACCGGAUGGCUUCUUUCCAGACACCAAGGCUCCUGUCAAGGGCAAGAAGUCUGAAAUCCUUCCCCCUAUUCUCACCACAUGAGCUUUUUUAUUCUCAACUUUUGGGACUAAAUGCAUAAAUGUUGUUACAUAAUAAAUGACACUCAUGCACCAUCUGUAGGAUUUACGUAUUAUAAUUAGAGAGGCCUACGUCGAUGUAGUAUGACGUUUUAAUUUCAUUCACCAUCAACAUUAGUAUGUGACAUCUACUCGAGAC